AUGUUUCCUUUUGUAUUAUCACUGUCUCCAUCUGCUGCGAUGAAUUGGCCUCUUUUUCUGGAAGUCACGGUCUUUUUCGGUGCCUUUCCUCUGGCCUUCUGCGGGAGUGUCGUUCAAGGAGGAUCCUGUUCAACAAACAACAACCGUUUGGACUCUUCCAGCCGAAGGUUUCUUAGUGACUGUGACGACGAAACAUUCUGCACCGCUGUAGCGAACGGCACAUGUGAAUUCCGUCAAUGUCGUCGCGACGAGUUCCCGUUCGGCUUCCAGUCAAGCGAGACCUUGCCUCCUCUUUGUUCCGUAGGACAGUUCUGCCCGGACGAAGGUAGCGAGUGCAAGAAUCUCGCUCCAGUAGGACAAUCCUGCCAAUUUAGUCGUGAUGAUCAGUGUAUGGCCCCGAAUAAUUGGGCGGACUUAGCGAGCAAUCAGAACUUCAAUGGGUCACUCUGCCUGCAGUCUACUUGCGUCUAUGCCAAUGCCUCUUUGGGUCAAAGAUGCAUGAUGGAUACUACCACAUAUGUCGAUUUGGGACCUGAUUUCAAAACAUUCGCGAACACUAUCACUCGCCAUAAUUGUCGCACACCUCAGUUCUAUUGCGACACUGAUCACCUUCAGUGUCUUCCUACCAAAUCUAUGGGAUUAUCGUGCAUAGCGGAUCAAGAAUGCAGAUCGUUCAGCUGUGAUCCGUCUGGGACAUGCACAAAUCCCUCAGAAAUGCCAAUCAAGGUUGCAUCAUGGCAAUAUGCCUCAGUAAUUGCCUUUGUACUCGCAGCCAUGACCGCAACAGUCAUGAUGCUUGUCGUCAUCCAUAAGCGGAUCCGACUACGCCAUUACAGCGAACUACGUGGAUAUUACGAGGAACAGCUGAGUCUUCGCCGUUCGAUGUUUGCUUUACAUGCCGCUGCCGCUGAUAAAUAUGAGGAUGAGAAGAGUUCAGUGAAUCAUGAUUGAGGCCUAUGCUAGAACGCAGCAUUUUGUCUCGCAUGUCGCUGUUGCACCAUUCCUCUGUGUUCUAGAAUAAAUCGUAUUCUUUCAU